AAAGGAUUCAAUUCACAAGAAAUGAGGUGUGUCUAAGGUUUUACCUGGAAGCAAAAAUGAUGCAAGUCUUUCAGGUGAGACCAACCCAAAGUUUUAGGGUGGAGAAUCACAUAACAGUUGCAUGUGUACGUUUGAGGAGAAGAGAGCAGACACACUGCUGAGAUCCAGCUUCUCCAAGUUUCCAUUUCAAAAAGUUCCAUAGACUAGGACCAAAACAGCCGCUCACUGGGAUUUGUUUGCAGGAGAAAUCAGAAGCCAUGGGCUGGCUUGCUUUAAGUACUGCGGGAACUCUGGUCAUUUUAAUGGUGGUGGUGGAGGUCAAUAGUGAAUUAUGGGUAGAGGUAAAAGAACAAAAUGAAGACAAUGGCACAAUAUUGCAGAAGCCCUUCAGAAGGUAUAAACGUGAAUGGGUCAAAUUUGCAAGACCUUGUCGAGAAAGAGAAGACAAUUCAAAGAGGAAUCCAAUUGCUACUAUUAGUUCAGAUUUUCAAAAAACCCAGAGAAUUACCUAUCAUAUCUCUGGAGUGGGAAUUGAUCAGCCCCCUUACGGUAUCUUCGUUGUUAACCCCAGAACUGGAGAAAUUAAUAUAACAUCAAUCGUUGAUCGUGAGGAAACCCCAAUGUUCCAUAUCAACUGCCAGGCUCUGGAUGAAAUGGGAAGGAAUGUAGAGACACCUCUUGUGCUUACAGUUAAAAUUUUAGAUAUCAAUGACAACGCUCCAGUGUUCUCACAAAGUGUAUUCUAUGGUGAAAUUGAAGAAAACAGCGCUGCAAAUACACUGGUGAUGGUGUUAAAUGCGACAGAUGCUGAUGAACCGAAUCAUCUAAAUUCUAAAAUUGCCUUCAAAAUAGUCUCUCAAGAGCCUGCAGGGCAACCCAUGUUCCUCCUAAAUAGACACAAUGGAGAAGUGCGUUCUAUGACCAGUACUCUUGAUAGAGAGAAAUACAGCAAGUAUAGCCUGCGUGUAAGUGGUGCAGAUCUUGAUGGAGCUGGACAGGCAACUGAAUGUGGGUGUCAAAUUACAAUUAAAGAUGUCAAUGAUAAUUUCCCAAUUUUUACAGAAUCACAGUAUUCAGUAAAGAUUGAAGAAAAUAUUCUUAGUUCUGAAGUCUCUCGGUUUCACGUAACAGAUCUUGAUGAAGAGUUCACAGAUAAUUGGUUUGCAGACUAUUCCUUUACCUCUGGAAAUGAAGGAAAUUGGUUUGUAAUAGAAACAGAUGCAAAAACCAAUGAAGGAAUCCUGAAAGUGGUUAAGGCUCUGGACUAUGAACAAUUUCAAACCAUGAAACUUGUUAUAACUGUUAAAAACAAAGCUCCAUUUCACCACUCAGUUAUCUCUCAGUAUAAAACUCAGUCGAUUCCCGUCACAGUUGAGGUUAUAAAUGUAAAAGAAGGGAUUGCAUUCCAUCCUACUUCAAAGACUUUUACAGUACAGAAAGGCAUAAGUUACAAAAAAUUAAUCAAUUAUGCUCUUGGAGUAUACGCAGCCAUUGAUGAAGAUACUGGCAAACCUGCAUCAUUUGUCAGAUACGCAAUGGGACGUAAUGAUGGUGGUUACUUAGUCAUUGAUUCAAAAACUGCUCAGAUUAAAUUUGUUAAAAACCUUGAUCGAGAUUCACCAUUCAUAGUCAAUAAGACAUUAACAGCUGAGAUUCUGGCAAUAGAUGAUAACACAGGGAAGACAUCAACAGGCACCGUAACUGUUAGAGUGCCAGAUUUCAAUGAAAAUUGUCCUACGGUUUUUGCUGACAAGCAAACAGUUUGUCGUACAUCUGCAUCAGUUAUUGUCACAGCUAAGCCUCUGCCAAACCAGCCAGACACUAGACCCUUCACAUUUUCCCUGGUUGAACAGCCUCAGGGAACCCCAGCCACAUGGAGCAUUACAACAAUAAAUGAUACCUCUGCAAAUCUGAGAGCCCAGAGAGCACUAUCUUCUGGAACACAUCCACUUUCUCUCAUAGUUACAGACAGGGAAGGUAUAAGUUGUGAAAUACCAGAGACUCUGGAAUUACAAGCCUGUGACUGUGAUGAGAAGCAAGUGUGUUUUAAUAGAGUUCCUUCUCCAAGUAUCAGACCUGACGACAGUAACAAGCAAACAGGGACACCAUCGGUAGGCCUUGGUCCUGCUGGCAUCGGUCUGCUCCUUCUUGGCCUGUUGAUGUUGCUGUUGGCCCCCCUUCUGCUACUAUUUUGUGACUGUGGAGCAGGAGGUCUGGGUGGGGUUGGAUCUGGAUUUGUUCCUGUGCCAGAUGGAUCAGAAGGAACAAUUCACCAAUGGGGAAUAGAAGGUGCCCAGCCACAAGAUAAGGAAAUCACAAAUAUUUGUGUGCCUCCAAUAACAGCCAAUGGAACUGAAUUCAUGGAAAAUUCUGAAGUUUGCACAAAUGCCUACGCAGCAGAGACCAUCGUAGAAGGAACUCGCGGCAUAGAAUUAACAACCAGACUUAGAGCAGCUUCGGGGUCAGGAGGAACCACAGGCCUGGGAGGGGCUGGGUACUCAGGAACAAUGAAGACAAGACAUUCCACUGGAGGAACCGUUAGGGAAUAUCCUGAAGGAGGCGUCAAUGUGACUUUCCUAGACACCUAUUUCUCUCAGAAAGCAUUUGCCUGCACAGAGGAAGAUGACAGUCAAGGAAUAAGUGACUGCCUCUUAAUCUAUGAUGAUGAAGGAGUAGAACCUCCUAGUUCUCCCAUAGGCUGCUGUAGUUUUAUUGCAGAUGAUUUUGAUGAGAGCUUUUUGGAUUCCUUAGGGCCAAAAUUUAAGAAGCUGGCAGAUAUAAGCAUGGGUAUCGAUGAUGAAACCAAACUCUCUCAGGUACCUGGGAAAACAAACAUUAGUACAACUGAAAUACCUGGAUCACUGUCAGCAUCUGCUAUGUCCACCAAUGCUACCUGUCAGCCUAUUACCAAUGUUACCUGUCAGCCUACCACCGAUGUUACCUGUCAGUCUACCACCAAUGUUACCUGUCAGCCUACCACCAAUGUUACCUGUCAACUUGCUGCAGGAUCAACUUUCUAUAGCAAUGAAACUUCGACUCUCUCUGCUUCUGGGUCUAUCUUGCAGCCUGCAAUUCCAAUACCUGAUCCUUUGCUCCAGGGCAAUUUCUUGAUGACUGAAUCUUAUACUGCUUCUAGUUCAUUCCUUCAGCCUUCCAGUGUAGUCUUUGAUCCUCAGCUCACAGAAAAUGUGACAGUGACAGAAAGAGUGAUUUGCCCCAUUUCAGGUGUUUCUGGCAUUCAAGGCAAUUUACAUGGUUCUGCUCAGUUGGCAGGGUCAUGUAAUGUGACCUGCACAGAGGAUCCAUGUUCUCGACUGAUAUGACCAAGAUUAACUGGAAUGGAAUAAUGACAAAACUUGGCCAUUUUGUCCUAUUACAUAGCCCAAAGACAUUAUUGGCUGUUUUUAUCCAAUGACUAGGAUUAUGACCCAAAUUCUUUAACUCAGACAAUAAUAUGUUGUUGUGGUUGAUAUAAAAACAGUACUUGAAUUAUGGGAAUUCUGACAUCAAAAAGAAACCUAGUAACAUUUUCACCAGGCAAAACUGUGUGAAGUUUUGAAUCAUUCUCUUUUUGCAAUGCCAAUAAGGGCAGCAUAGCAUAGUACACAGAGGACCACCCACAGAGUCAGGAAGACCCGGGUUCCAGUUCUGUCUCUGACAUGUACUGGCUCUGUGAUCAUGGGUAAAUCACUUUAUCUAGUAGUCACCCAUACUACUCUCUAAGACACUAAGUUACAAACAAGUUGCUCAUAUGUACUGGUGGAGGGAGUUUCUAGACCAGGCUUUCCUUAACCUAAUAAAAUUAGAGGUCCUAACAAAAAAAAAAAUUAAUGAAGGUAAAAUUAGUAGAUACAUACUUCCAAAAGCAAUGCUUUUUGGAAGAGAGUUCAGCCCCAACUUUGAAGACAGGAGAAAUGGGGUUUCUUCUUGACUGUCACUCUUUCUUAUGCCUUACUAUGUUGUAGGCAUCAAAAGCUGUCUUCAGAAGCACUUUGAGCUGCUAGGAGAGAAAAAUAAUAGUAUAUGUUCAAUGUCAUCUGUCUCAUCUCUGGUGUUGGGAGACAUUUGUGUAAAACAGAUAUAUGAAAGUACUGUUUUUAUGCAUUGAGCUUUUGUUAGAUCUCCCAUACUUAUCAGAAAAUAAGCAAAUUGUAUAUUUAGGACAUGCUGAAAUAUUUAAGAAAUAUUAGAAGUAUGUAAACAAACUGUUGUUGAUUUGUGAGCAAUAGCUAAUAUAUUCUAACACCUUGAAAGAAUCCAAAGGUUCCAUUCUAUAGUUGACAUUUAUGGCUUCAAGUACUUCUCAUAGUGAGAGGUAAGCAUGGUAAUAAGUCUUUGGAAAAGGGCUCCAUUUUUAAAAAAAAAAA